GUCCGCUAAUGCGUCAGUGAGGCGGACCACUGAGCGCCUGUCCGAGCUCCUGCUGCAAAACACGGACACAGCAGGUUCUCUGCCAAAAGAUCCAGCUUCUCUGUCAGGCUCUAGGAGCAGAAGUAAGAUGGUGUCAGAGAAAGCCUGUGGACUAUUUUCUUUCCCUGCAAACAUUUGGAUCUCUUUUUGGUUGUACCGUUUAUAUUGAAUGACUAGUUUUUACCAUCUUCUGUAAUUUAUAUGAAGUAUGAUUACACAUUGUGUAGGUAGUGGUUGUUGAGCAUUACUUUGCUCUCUGCUUUUCUAAUUCGCACUUGGAAUCUGACAGAAGUUGCCAACUUCAGGAGCAGUCACCCUCAGAACUGAACCAAAGUGGACCAGCUGGUGGAAACCACUCCAGUUUUUUAUCACUGCUGCCCCCCCAUCAACCUUUCUCCCAACUCUGAGACUGCACCUCCUCCUCCCUCCUGACAGGGGAAACCAGAUAUUCCAGUGCCUGGAUGACUAAGGAAAGUUUCUUCAGACCUAUCCGAUGGCUGGCUCAUUUGACCCUCCUGCCUGGGGCCAGAUGACGAAUGGAGGCGGGCACCCCCACCUCAGCAAUGGAGGUCAGGGUGGGGGUUCCCGAAGCACCACACGCUACAAGCUGAGAAAACAGCAGCGCCACAGACACAGGUCCUCCUCUCCCAUGGGCAGGGUCAUUCUCAUAAACGCACCUGUAGAUGGAGGAGACGACUGUGAGGACAUUCACACAGUGACAGUCAAUAAGAGCCCAGAUGGGCGUCUUGGCUUCAGUGUCCGUGGGGGCUCUGAACAUGGACUAGGCAUAUUUGUCAGUAAGGUGGAGGAUGACAGCUCCGCAGAACAGGCUGGGCUCACUGUGGGGGAUAAGCUGGUGGAGGUGAAUGGGGUCAGCCUGGAGAGCAUCACCAUGAGCAGCGCUGUAAAGGUCCUCACAGGCAACAACAGGCUGAGGAUGGUGGUGAGGCGAGUAGGGAAGAUCCCAGGCAUCCGCUACUCCAAGGAAAAGACCACAUGGGUGGAUCUAAUUCACCGGCGGAUGGUGGUGGAGGAGAACGGUCGUACGCCUUCAGAGGCCAGCUCAGACAGCGCUCUCCGUCGCAUCAUACAUCUCUUCACCACAUCAGAUGACUACUGUCUGGGCUUUAACAUCAGAGGUGGCAAAGAGUUUGGACUGGGCAUUUAUGUCUCAAAGUUGGACCCAGGUGGACUUGCAGAACAGCACGGCAUCAAAAUGGGUGAUCAAAUCCUUGCUGCAAACGGGGUGAGCUUUGAGGACAUCACCCAUAGCGAUGCAGUUGAAGUCCUAAAGAGCCACACUCAUAUCAUGUUGACCAUCAGGGAAGUUGGAAGAUACCCUGCCUACAAGGAAAUGGUGGCAGAGUAUGGGUGGCUUGAUAAAUUAGCCAAUGGUGGCCCUGCACUGUCCUCUCAGGGUUCAGACUCCAACUCCUCUGUGUGCUCACUUUCCUCCAGCACCCCUGUCAGCUCCCUCAGUGGUCUAUCUCAGGUCCUUUUUCCUCCGGUUUUUCACUCAGAGAUGGUGGAUGUAGCCAUUUGCACAGAAGAUCAGUCCCGACGUCAAAGCAGAGCAGAGCGAACUGCAGACACUGCAAUACAGACUAACACCCUACCUUCAGGCUUUAUGGACCAGCCUUCAGCUGACAGGUUGGACUCUGUCCGAUUGGUUGGCACUGAAACCAGUCGGGCUGUUGGUGAAACAGUGCUGUUAAAGGACACGGUUGUACGUGGGAAAGGUGAGGGGCCAAAGGACAUGGGAGGAGCCAGAGAGCUGGGACAGGGCCGGGUGGGGACACUGUCUGCUGGAGACAAAGGUACUGUUAGGCGGUCUCCAAAAACAGAAGCUCUGAUGGCUCUAAGCAAACCACGAAAGCCAAUCCGACGUUCCCAAAGCCACAUCACUGUGUCAGAGAAGAAGAGGAAGGGACAACAAAAGGAAAGGGGCUCAGCAGAAGCUAAAACAAACCUACAGCGCUCCAAAACCUUUGUCAACCUUUUGUUCAGGAAAGACCAUAAAGAAAAAAGACGCUCGAGGUCUCCGUCUCAUCAUCCUAAUGAAAACGAUCGCAGUCGUCCGUUCCAGCUCUUCUCAUCCCCGAGGGAAUCCCGUGCAGGCAGCCCACUUCCCCAUCAUGAGACGCUGCAGCAUGUGGAGAACAUGUCAAAGAAAUUGCUCAGUCCAGACGAGGUGGCUGCAGUGAUGAGACAUUGUCGGCGGUUUUUGUCUGACAAUGUGAUUGAAGAUUUGAUACGCCCUCUGCUGGCAAUCUUGGAUCGACCAGAGAAGCUGCUUCUACUCAGAGAAAUAAGAAUGCUGAUACCCACUACUGAGUUGGGUCGUUUUGACAGCUUGGUGAUGCCGUUUGAGCUGGAAGCCUAUGACAUUCUCAAGAGUCGUUCUAUACGCUCCCCAGCUCUUCGCUCACCUCGCAGUGGAACCCCUCGGCGUUACCUCAUCACUCCAGUACCAGAUUACAGGGGUGGAUUUCACCUUCAGCCAGUUCAUGAUACUCAACAGGAGCAUCAGCUACUCCAAGAGUUUGGGAGACUUCGUCUGGCCGACCAACAAUCAGGUUACCUGCCGCCCUCUCGUACCUUCACCCCUCUGCUGGAUGUCCCUGUGGAUAACUACACAUCUUCCACUGCACGAUCACGCACUCCAAGCCCCUCGCCCAGUCAUAGCUUCCUCCUUAAUGGAUCUCCUUACAACACCCAGCGUGGACACCAACCUCACCACUCCCCGAACAGGAGAGAGAAUGGGACACUGAGGUACGACCAGGCAUCUUUGUUGUCUGUAUCAGACUGUGGAGAUGCCACUCCAGAGCGUGGGAGGUCACCUGUGAGGAACAGCCAUGGCAGGGGCAGGAAAGAGGGGAGUCCUGACAGCAUAUACGGCAGACAGAGCCGAAAGGAUGGCUACACUGAGGUCAGUGUGCGGGUUCCCUCACAGGAGAGGAGAAGAACCCCUCUAGAUGAAGUUUUUAUCCCCCGAAGAGAGAAAAGCCCCUCUUUGGGCAUGGAACGUAGCCUGCAGGUAAAUGGACACUUUCAAAAUGGUCAAGAAAGAAAAGAACCUCUACCAACCGAGGAGUAUGAAAUUACAACUCUGACCAUCCCUAAGGCCAAGCAAUCACUGGGUAUUAGCGUCUCUGGAGGUAUCGAGUCUAAGAUCCAGCCUGUGAUAAAGAUUGAGAAAAUCUUUCCAGGAGGUGCUGCAUCUACAAAUGAGGCUCUAAAGGCAGGCUAUGAGCUUAUGUCUGUCGAUGGCGAGAGUCUGCAGGGAGUGACUCAUCAGCACGCUGUGGACGUUAUACGCCGCUCCUUCAGCAACAAGGACAGAGACCCAAUGGUUUUUGUGGUGAAGAUCCCAAAGGUCCUCCACUUCCCCACCAGUAGCAUGAGAACUGCUGAUUAAACACACUGUGUGCCUUACCAGUUAAUGACAACAAAACCUGCAACUCCUUAGGGAAACUAAAUUAAUGAAGCAGACUUUUAUUUUAAAACUUUUUUUUUUGCCACAUGCACAUGUGAGAUAACUUUUUUAUUUUAUGAAAUGCGUAUGUUUUACAUGAGCACUAAUGGUAUUCAAGUCUUGUUUUUCUAAAGGACAGUAUAGGAAAUGUUUAUUAUAUGAUUUAUACAUGCUCUAGAUUGACAGCCUGCCACUGUUUAACAGGCCUAGCUGGGACUUUUUAGCACUGCCUGAGAGUGAGCAGCCAUCAGAAAGGCUACCAGAAGGAGAUUAUCCCAGUUUGUGUUAUGAGAUUUAUAGAUUCAUACCCAGAUUAAAGCUCCGUAUUAUCUCCGAACUGAGAGUUUGAUUUUAGUGGAUAUGUAGGGUGUGUGUGUGUGUGGUUAAAAUAUUCAGCUCUGUAUCUUUGUCGGUUCAGUGGCAGAAGUUUUUGCAUUCAGAAGAAAAGGCUUAUUCACAGCCUGCUGUGGUUAAAGCUAAUCUAGACAUGUAAAGGAGUUGAAAAAUCUCAUUAAUAGGAAAUGCAAAACUUGGACACUGGUGGCAAGGGUUAAAUCAGAGCAAGGGAACGAAGAUAAGAGCAGAAGAAUGUGCUGUGCAUCGUGCCUUAUUUCUAUGGAAUAGCAGAGGGAGGAGAACACUGAUAAAGUAUUAGUCAUAAAUGCUCCAAAGUGACAGCUUUAUGCCCACGCAUGUGGCUGAUAUUAAAGGCCGUUACUUGUGUGUCAAUAUUUUUGAGUAGCUACUUAAUGUAUAUGUUGUUUUUAACAGGCUGAAAGCACAGAUUAUUAAAAUGUAUCCAAAGAAAUAAAAGAUCACAAGUGAUAAAGAAUAAUUUGUGAGAUUCUGAAGGAAAUUGUGCAACAACUGAUGAUUUUCUACUUCGUAGCUCUUCUGGUAAGUGUUUAUCAGUCCUUGAAGUUCAGUUAGUGUCUUAUCUGUUAUUUAAUUGGCUGAGAAACUUCUAGCUGACAUUUUGUUUGGAAAACCCCCUAAACAAACUGGUAUUUCUUUUCAGAUUCUGCAGCUAUGUUUACCUUUAACAUUAUGAAGCAUAUUUGGUGAAUUUUUAUGUAACCUGUUUAAUAUAUUUUAAAGUGUCAUUUAUGGUUAAAUGCUGUGUUUUAUAUCUCCUUUAAAGUGUCAUAAUUCAAAUUUUUUUCAAAUUAAAAUCACUAGGUAUUUUCUUGAAAUUUUAACGUAGAAUCUUCAUGCUGUUGUUGGAGUAUUAACUAUGCUACUCCUGCCCUAAUUUAAGCCAAAAACCUUUAAACACUGUCUUCUCUGUUGAUAGUCUUUGCACAGCAGACCCUGGCAUAUAUUUGGUGUUUUAACAGUAACUUAGUCCAACGAUGCAAUGCAAGAAAAAGCAAACGGGGAAGUCGGUAGGGGGAUGGGGUACUCCCAGACAAAGUGUGAAGCUGGGACCUUCAUGUUGCAAAUUACCAGUCUUAACUGUUCUGUGCAGCUUUCAAUAGUUGUCUUCAAAAAAUGAAGAAAAAAAAUAGAUACCAAUUGACUUCACAAAAACCAUACUAAUAUUGGACAUUUCAGAAAUAAAAAGAA